GCAGCCCCCGGGCCCGGCCACGUGACAAGCCGGCGGGCGGGCCGGGAGCUGUGCUCUGUGUCUGCCCGCGGGGCCAGGGCGUGAGCCUGGAGCGGGGCAUGCUGGGAAAUGCAGUCUCCAGCCUCAGAGUGGUGGCGUGCGGGGUUGCUCGCGUGCUUCGCUGCCGUGGCGGCCGCGUGGAGCUCUCUGCGGGGAGCGGGUUCAAAGGUGGAAAUACCAUUGUGGCUAGCAAAAGGGUUGUAUGACAACAAACGGAGGAUACUUUCAGUGGAACUGCCCAAGAUUUACAAGGAAGGCUGGCGGACAGUGUUCAGUGCUGAUGCCAAUGUUGUUGACCUACAUAAAAUGGGGCCAUUCUACUAUGGCUUUGGCUCCCAGCUCCAGAAUUUUGACAAUCCAGAGAAUCCAGAGAUAGCUCAGACUAUACUGCAGACAUUUAUUGGCCGUUUCCGUCGCAUCAUGGACUCCUCCCAGAAUGCCUACAACGAGGACACCUCUGCACUGGUGGCACGGCUGGAUGAACUGGAACGAGCGUUGUUUCGAGCUGGUCAGAAAGGGCUGAAUGACUUUCAGUGCUGGGAGAAGGGGCAGGCUUCUCAGAUCACAGCUUCCAGCCUGGUGCAAAAUUACAGGAAGAGAAAAUUCACGGAUAUGGAUGGUUGACGGCAUGAAGGACACAAAACUGCUACAGGGGAUACUGAGGUACUCUGUGUCAGAGAGAAGAGAGACCAGCCAAUCUUGGAAAGGGACAGACUCUCCUCCCAGUUUAACUGAAGUUCUUCUGUGCAGCAUCUUCAGAUUAGAACAAAGAACAUUUUAGACUAAAGGAUGAGUAUAACAAGAAUACAUCACAAAAUUGUUUUACAGCGCUCACAUCCUUCUCCCAUGGAUUUAUGGUAAUAGUUUUGGGCUUCAUAUCUGAGUGGAUAUAAAAGGCUCUUCUGAAAGAGGAUCAUUUAAUAUUUACUGUAUUUAUCAUCUAAAUAGAUCUGGAAUUGUAAAUAGGGAUUCUGAAAAUGUAGUUUCAACUCUUUCACCCCCACCUCAAAUCCCACCUUCCCCACACAUACCCCAGUGUGUUGACCAUGAACAGCUGUUUCCAGCUUCAUGAUUCCACAGGACAUCCCCGUAACAUGAAGGGAAGAGUGGUAUAGACUGCAUUGUGUUAUCCCUUUCUCUUGUGCUAUGUCUUAAUGCACCAGUACAAAUGUCUUUGUUAGGGAUAAGCACCUGCUUUUAGCUGAUUCUUUUGCGGCUUUAGUUUCGUAUGUGAUUUUAAUGCUUGUCAUUUGUACAGUAGAGACUGCCUUCUGUUUGUCCACACAGCAGUUGAAGUGUUGCUGCAAACUUAAUGCACCCUGCUUCCACCUCCCACUGCCACUACUAUGCCUCAUACCUGCAAAGCCCACCUCUGGGCAGCAGGUGGGAAUGGAGAGCCCAUUCACUCCUAGAUGCAUGGUGGUUUUUGUGAUAUGGACACCCAGUUCAUGGAAGAAGUUAUCCUGAUUUCUAGUUUUGGCUAAUUGUGAAGGGGCAGAGCUAAUGCGUUGUUUGUUUCCUUCUGAUCUAUUGUUAUUUCCUCUCUGGAAAUGCCAUUCUUACUAUUGGAAGCGAAUGGAAUUAGAACUCAUUAAACAGCACAAGGGUUGCUCUAUGGAGAUGUCCUCAAAAUGUAGCUUUGCUUGUGAGUCACGUUGGAGGGCUCUAGAAAGCUACUCCUGGGACCAUUGGAAUUGGUAUUCUUGGGACAAGUCAUUAGAAACUAUCUGGGUGUUUCUUAGCCUUCCCUGGGAGGAAGCCCUUUAAAAAGUAACUAAUGAGGGCCCUUAUCCUGAGAGGUGCUGAGCAUUCACAGUGACUGUUGACUUGAUUAGUAGCUGUGGAUGUUAAUCAGAAUUUCAGCGUCUCUUGGGAUCAGGCCCAUGGAGAGCAAAAUUUUGUGUGGGCCACUUGUUCUUGGAUGUUUAAUGUAAUUGUUGGCUAAGGGAUCCCCCACAAUGGGCGAGUAGCCAUUCUUUGGGCCUCAGGAGUGAAAGCUCUGCCUCUGCAGUCAGUCAGAAGGGAUACUGAGUGCUGGAUAUGGCAGCGUCUUCCACUUGCCAUGGUCUCUGAAGUGUACAGGGCAACCUGUCCUACUGCAGGAGACUAAGCAGCAGCUAGUGGAAUAUGAAGAGGGAGUUCAAGCAUGCACAUUAUUAAAUGCCACUGUGCUAACGGACAGCAUGCUGUGAAAAUGAUGCAUUUUUUAUAAGAAACUAAUUUUAGCCUGGAGUUUGUAUAUUUUCUAUUUGGGGAUUUCUGUGCUGAAUAAAUGAGUGUUUCACAUGGAAUAAGUUCUUCACACAGUGUGUGUCUCUGUAAUUGCCCUGCUGCUGAGAAUCAGUCCUAGCCAGGAGACGAAUGCUAACCCUGUGGCUAAGGUUUCUGAAUAGCCAAAGUCUUGCUGCAAGAACCCACCGUGUUCUUCACACAGCUCCCAAACACAGGAGUAUUACAUUUAUACACUUCCGCUGGCGUAGCAACGUCUUCCAUUUGACUCCUAGCUCCACUGAGACAAUCCUAGCCACGAGUCACAUUAGAGACACUGCUAGGUUGCUAGAAGGCUCCAACGUUUAAUUCUGUUUUAAAAAAAAAAUAAAAUAAAACCCAAGUGACAGAAAUGUGUCAGUAUUUAUGCUUAGAUUUUGGAUUUUAUUUUUUUUUUUUAAUUCCAGGGAAACUAUUUGAUGUUUUGGAUGUAACCAUUCUCUUGCAGCAUGUGAAAUUGACUGAUGAUUAUAAUACUGUACAGCAUUCACUGUAUAUAGUGCUUCUGUUCAAACACUUUCCAAAUAUUAACUAAUGAAUUCUCACGAUCCCACUGUGAGGAAGGGAAGUAUUAUCCUCAGUUCCCAGAGGGGUAAACUGAGGCACAGAUGUAUGAGACACACCAAAGGUCAAACAGCAACAUGAUGGCAGAGCCAGAAAUGGAAUCUCUGUCCUGACUCCUAUUCAGUGCUCUAACCACUAGAAUGCAGGCACUCCCAAAUAAGAGCAAAACGGGCGCAAUCUGUUUUCAUUGUCCAAGUUGAGUGAAGUGAAAACAGAAACCAAUCAGCAUAUGUAAUUAAAAGUAAUUUAGGUUUUAAAAACCCAGUUUUAAAGGGGGCAGCAUCGACUUGAAAUCUAGUCUGUUUGCCAAACAACACGCGCUCCCUAAAUUCUUUUACCAAUUUUUGAGGCAUGUUUUUUAAAAAAAUUGUUUUCUCUCAAGCAGCAAAGACAUUGAAAUGACUGCACAAAAUGCUGUCAAAUGCACAAAAUGAACAAAUUAAAAAAUUACUAUUGGGAGCGAAUGGAAUUAGAGCUCAUUAAACAGCACAAGGGUUGCUCUAUGGAGAUGUCCUCAAAAUGUAGCUUUGCUUGUGAGUCACGAGGGUUUUUUUCUCUAACCGCUUUCAGUAAUCUUAGAUAUACUUGUGACAGUAGUCGAUACAAAAUGUUCACAUAGACGUGGUGGGGUUUUUUGUUUUUGGUUUUUUCCCCAUAGAUAAAUGUUCCUUUGAUACUUUCAGGUGUUGUUAGUAAACACGAUAGGACUUUUUAAAAGAAAACAUUAUAUUUAAACUGACAGCGUCCUCUGAAAUUGCAGCCAGCAGUUUGCAGAUUUUAUGUGCUAUUGAUUUUCUUGUUAUCUUGUAUGCCUUAUUCUAUCCAGAAAUACUUCAUGGCUGUUCCAGAGACCAGAUGCCAUUGAGAAGCCUGGUAAGGUAUCUGGCUAAGCCUACUGUGUAAUUUUGAUAAACACAAAUUGUACUUCAUAAUCACGCAGCAGUGAACUAAAGUGAGAAGAGUUUGGAUUUGCAUACUUGUAAAACAGAAACAAUCCCUGGCAUUUGACUAACAAAGUUAAGGAGCACAUAUUUAACAAACCAGCAGAGUGGAAGUUCUCUCUAGAAUACUGGCAGCGAAUCCCUGUCAUAGAAUCAUAGAAUAUCAGGGUUGGAAGGGACCUCAGGAGGUCAUCUAGUCCAACCCCCUGCUCAAAGCAGGACCAAUCCCCAAUUAAAUCAUCCCAGCCAGGGCUUUGUCAAGCCUGACCUUAAAAACUUCUAAGGAAGGAGAUUCUACCACCUCCCUAGGUAACGCAUUCCAGUGUUUCACCACCCUCCUAGUGAAAAAGUUUUUCCUAAUAUCCAACCUAAACCUCCCCCACUGCAACUUGAGACCAUUACUCCUUGUCCUGUCCUCUUCUACCACUGAGAAUAGUCUAGAACCAUCCUCUCUGGAACCACCUCUCAGGUAGUUGAAAGCAGCUAUCAAAUCCCCCCUCAUUCUUCUCUUCUGCAGGCUAAACAAUCCCAGUUCCCUCAGCCUCUCCUCAUAAGUCAUGUGUUCCAGAUCCCUAAUCAUUUUUGUCAGAAGUAAUGAGUUGGAAAACUCCAUGUUUGCACUUAGAUUCUCUUUAAACUUUUUAUUUAUUGCUUCUCAGGUACUUUUCCUUACAGCAGAGGCAGCCACUGAGGCAUGAUGCCCAAUUAAAUAUAAAUAGCUUUUCAACCAACAUGCAAAACCACCCCAUCCCAGUUCUUUCCUCCUUUUUUACUUCUGUUGCAGCUUCUUCGCCAGCAUCUUUGUGCUCUAAUCAAUGUCUGUCUGUCCUCUGGGCUAGGGUUAUUUUUUGUUGGCAGAGAGAAGGUAUUGAUAACCCAGCUCAUGCUCAAAUAAAUUGGUUAGUCUCUAAGGUGCCACAAGUACUCCUUUUCUUUUUGCGAAUACAGACUAACACGGCUGUUCCUCUGAACCCUGCCAGACUGGAAGUAGUAGGUGUAGUCAUUCUGAUUUCAGUAUUGGACAUCAAUCUCCAUAACAGAGAGGUCAAGCUAGAUCAAGAAAUAGCAACCAGGAAAAGAUAAAGCAGAAAGUGGCCCAGACCUUUUAGCACAUUCUUUGGCAUGAAGGCAUCUAUUUAACAGGAAGACAUUUUAGGGUGGGAUUUUUGAAAGCACCAAAGUGAGUUUGGAGCACAAAUCCUAUUGCAAAUCAAUGAGGCUUGUGCUCGUAGGUCAUUUGAAAAUCCCACUGCUGUCCUGGCAAGGUUCUGAGCCGACGCCUACAGGUUAGCCAGUGGCUGAGCCCUACGGCAUCAAUUUGAGGAGUGAGGUGUGACCCAGGGACUUCUUGGUGCCAACCAGCAGAGAGCACAAAGGAUGUAUAGGGUUGCACAGGGAUCGCCUGGGUCAGAUAUAGGCAUAUUAGUUCACCAAAGGGUGACAUGUAAAGUCUCUACUGAGAGGCAGUAGCCGACAGGUCUCCAUAAUCGUUUCAAAAUGUUUGCACGGAUAAUAUUUAAGGAGUUACUUAUCCAUACUGGAAAUUGUGUUCUUAAAAUCUUAAAGGCAGGGAACCAGGAGAUGACAUGCCGUGGACAGGUUCUUUUUAGGCAGGGCGUCUCACCAGACAGUUGUCUGGUUAUUGUGUAUUGUGUGCUUCACAAUGGAUGCUGAUUUACAGACUAAGUCAAAUGCUGAUUGAGAUUGUGAAAUCUACAAGAAAAAACAGCCAGCAGGGGGGCAUCUGGCUUAUGAAUAAGGACAGUCAAUAAUUCUGAUGUAUCUAUGGGUGCAAACAGACACCCUAGAUCUUUUACCAAAGAGGCAAGCUAAUGGUGUGACUAGUCUCAUGAAUGGAAGAUCACAGCCAAACCUGGCUAUAAAACGGUGCAAGGACUUUGGGUGAGCAUUGCUUUCUAAGACAUGGAAGUGUCUAGGUUCCAGAACAUGUUAUGAUUUUAUUUUAUAUGUAACCAUAUGUUUUUAGUACUUCUGCUUGCUAUCAUGUGAAUUUCUACACUUUGUUCAAUAAACUUUUGUUUUUACUGUAA